AUGUUCGACAAGACGCGGCUGUCUUACGUGGCCCUCGAUGUGCUGUGCGUGUUGCUGGCCGGAUUCCCUUUCGCAAUCCUUUCUUCAAGGCGUACCCCCUUCAAGCGAGGAGUAUUCUGUAACGAUGAGUCCAUCCAGUACCCUUACAGAGAAGACACCAUACCUACUGAGUUAUUAGGUGGAAUAAUCAUUCCAUUCAGUAUUAUCGUUCUGGUUGCUGGAGAAACUCUGUCUGUUGAGGUUAAUGCCUUGCGGUCCAGUUCCUUUGUCAACAAUCACUACAUAGCCACGAUUUACAAAGCCGUGGGAACCUUUUUGUUUGGAGCCGCAGCUAGUCAGUCCCUCACUAACAUCGCCAAGUACUCUGUAGGCAGACUGCGGCCUCACUUCUUGGCUGUCUGCAACCCAGACUGGUCAAAGAUCAACUGCGGAGAUGGUUAUAUUGAGACCUACGUAUGUCAGGGGAGUGCCGCGAAAGUCAGGGAAGGCAGGCUGUCCUUCUACUCGGGCCACUCUUCGUUUUCUAUGUACUGCAUGCUGUUUACAGCACUUUACCUUCAAGCCAGGAUGAAAGCAGACUGGGCAAGACUCCUACGCCCCACGCUGCAGUUUGGGCUUGUUGCUUUUUCCAUAUACGUGGGCCUUUCUCGAGUUUCAGAUUACAAACACCACUCGAGCGACGUGCUCGUUGGACUCAUCCAAGGAGCUGUGGUUGCGGUAUUAGUCGUGGUGUAUGUAUCAGAUUUCUUCAAGAGCAGACAUCCUUACAUAGAAAGAUCAGAGGACGACUCCAGGACACUGAACGCCACCACCACCCGUAACUAA